AUGGACAGGCUCGCAGAGAGAUACGAAGCGGGCAAGCUAUACAUUCAACGACCCAUCAACGAGAUUCUGCCGCCGAGCCUUCUCCUCUAUCUCAUUCCACCACUGCCGCCACUGCGCUACAUUGCGAUCACCUUCUUGCUCGGCUGUCUCCUUCUGCUUCGGGUAUGGUGGGUGCUGCCCAUCCGGAAAGGUCGAAAGCAGCAGCAGACCGACCUGAAGAAGACAGCAAGUGACAAAUGCACCGUGGGAGUCUUCCUCGGGUCAGGCGGUCACACGACCGAGCUACUGCAGCUCGUAUCGGCGCUUCCGACGGAUCGCUACACUCGUCGGAUCUACCUCGUAUCGUCAGGUGAUCGAUUCAGUCUCGAGAAGGCGAAUGAGCUGGAAAGGAAGCUCUCGUCAAGCACUGCCUCAUCGGACAAGCCGCAACCGAGCCCUGCCAGCAAAGUGAUCCGAAUUCCACGAGCAAGGGAAGUGCAUCAAAGCUUUCUCACCACGCCAUUCAGUCUGACUCGGAGCAUCGCGUUCUGCAUCGAUCACGUAGCACUUCGGCCGCUGGUUCGAAGCCAAACUGACGGAGUUUUGGCCGAUGUGAUCCUCAUGAACGGGCCUGGAACCUGCGUGCCCAUUGUCGCGGCUGUCUACCUCCUCAGAAUUCUCGGACGCCGCUCGCCCAAGCUGGUCUACGUCGAAUCGUUCGCUCGCGUCAAGAGCUUCUCGCUCACUGCCAAGUUGAUACGACCUUUUGUGGAUCGCUUCAUCCUGCAAUGGCCGCGAGACGCAUCGAAAGUCACACAAGAGGCGAGGGCGAAGGCGACGUCCAACACCUUCUAUUCGGGCUGGCUCGUCUGA